CCCCGGCCGGCUCGCGGACGGUGGCCGACAGGCCGUGGCGCCGCUGGCGCUCAGGGCGAUGCAGCUGUCACCCGCGCUGCACGCACGCCUGGCGGGGCCACCCGGGUCGGCCGAGCCUCUACCCGUGGAGCGGGACCCCGCAGCCGGGGCCGCGCCCUUCCGCUUCGCGCCGCGCCUGGUGCGCUUCCCACGGGAACACGACUUCUUCGAGGACGGGGAUGUGCAGCGGCACCUCUACCUCCAGGAUGUGCUCACGCAGGUGGGCGGGGCGCCCGAGAGGCCCAGGGUGCCUGAGUUCACCUGUCAGGUGGCCGGCUGCUGCCAGGUGUUCGACGCCCUGGAGGAUUAUGAGCACCACUACCACACUCUGCACAGAAACGUCUGCUCCUUUUGCAAGCGGGCCUUCCCUUCUGGACACCUGCUGGACACCCACAUCCUGGAGUGGCAUGACUCCCUCUUCCAGAUUCUGGCCGAGCGGCAGGACAUGUAUCAGUGCCUGGUGGAGGGCUGCACGGAGAAGUUCAGAACAAGCAGAGACCGGAAGGAGCACCUGGUGAUGCGUCAUCUCUACCCUGCGGACUUCCGCUUCGAUAAACCAAGGAAGAGCAGAGGCCCAGUCAUGCCUGGUGCUGCUGAGCAGGUGUUGGCAGAAGCCCUGGGGGAUGACGGGGUGCCGUCGGAAGGCGACGCCAUGGAAGUCUGCUCUGAACACGUGGAGCCCCCACCAGAACCCGCGGGAGAGAGGCGGGCCUACAGCCACAGGGAGAUGAACUCGUGUCCUUCAGCUGCCCUCGCGCAGUUGCCCAGAAUUUGGCCUGAGAGUGAGUCCCAGGUGCCACCUGGAGGGCGGGUCACAGGGAGCCUGAGCUGGAGCCCGGACACAUUCUCCUGGGUGGGUGGUCGGAGGCAGGUGGUCGGGCGGCAGGUGGUCAGUGGCGGGGAGCGUCUCCCACCAGAAGCAGGUUUGGAGCAGCUGGCCUGCUGCAGCCGGGAAGGGGAGAGUCUGGGUGAGAGCGAGCGGACACCCUGCAUGGUUCGCAGGGGAAGAGGGAGUGUCCAGAGCAAGAAUCAGACCCCCGCGAGCCCACGAGACUGCCAGCAUGAAUUGGGUUGUUUGUGAGCAAA